CUGCGGCGACGCGACGAAAAUAGCAGACGACACUGCGCCGCGACGGUGGCCGCCGCUGUCCCCGCUUCCUCGCGGCGUCUGUGCAUACGCGAGAGAGCGGACGAGGCGAUCCGCUUCUCCCUAGUUUUACCUCCAACUUUUCUCGAAGCGCGAAAUUUUUACGAACGACGGACCGCACUGCGAAAAUGGCCGAGAUAACGGACUUCGGGCCGAGGAAGACCUUUUUUAUACUCGCGAUCGUGUUCGGCUGCUUCACGGUGCUGUGGCCGAAAAUUCUGCACCCUAUGUUCAUAGGAUUUGUCACUCCACAUCACUCCGCAUCGGACGGCUCGGUGUGCUGCGAUGUGAUAUUUGAGAGCGAUGUCACCGCGGUGGACAUCAUGCAGGAGAUGUGUCAAAACAUAUUGAGGCAUCAUCCGGUUGACCCGCGCGUGAGAGACGCGCUGAAGCUUAGCAAGCUGACCCCGCAGACCGCGAGCCUGUGUGGGGAGGAGGUCCUAGCUAGAUGCGGCAUAGACCUGUCGUCCUUCCUUGCUGAGCGAGAGCGCUUGGGCGAGACCUACAAGCAAGUGUUGGAGGAAAUUAGGUCGUUCAAUAGCUCCCUUUGUCUCAAAGUGAAUUUCGGCGUGCCGCUGUCGCAGUUAGGGACACCGCAUCUUAUCCGAUAUCAUAUCCUUAUGCCGCACAAUGCUUUACCACAGGAGCGUCGUCCUCCCCCUCACGCGGGCGGGAUGCAUCCUGCGCUGAGGGAGAGAGGAAGAGCCAUACCGACCUCUCAUAUGGUACCGAAGAUCGUGGACAGGUCUGACCACGUUAUACCAAAGAUGAGGCCACCUCUCGGCGGUGCUGGCCACGUUGUUCCAGCACCCAAAGGAAACGGUACAAUGGGGGUCAUCAUGCCACUGUAUACGAUAGGAAUAGUCUUGUUUUUCGUGUACACCAUCAUUAAGGUCUUGAAGAAAAAUUCCGACAGCGAGAUUAUCUCGGAAUAUCCGGGAGCGGCUGCCGAAAAGGAAUUUCGGAAAAUGGUAUUCAGUCCAGAAGCUCUCGCUACUGCAAUGACUGGAGGUACCCUGCAUUAUCCGAGAGAAAAGGACUCCCCGCACCGGACCGCCCCAAGUAUCGAGGAAUUAAACGAUCAAGCGGCAGGAGACAUAGAGAUAGAUCAACUGAGACAGCGUUUGGUCGAGACGGAAGCAGCCAUGGAAAGAAUCGUUGUCCAGAUGGGCAACAUAUCACGUUCAGUAAUGCAUAACUCGAGCUCACAGCCAGAAAUCAAGGAGGACACUGCAGACCAGGAAUUACAUAGUAGGGAAGGUGAAGAGUUAGCAGAACAGUCGCCAACAGUUAAAGUCAUGGGUAUGGAAAUGACAGCUAGUUGUGAAAGUGGACAGAAAUGUAGCAGACCCACCACUCCCAUUAUUCCUACACCAAGUAAUGUCGAAAGGGAAAAAACUCCGCCAACACCUAUAUAUUUAGAAGGUGCACUUCCGCCGCAAUGUGAAUUGCUCGUAACCGAUUCGGAAACUCAAGCUGAAAAGUCAGAAGACGACGACGACGCUCCAGUUGUUCUCUCAGGCAAAAUGACUCUCUCUCUCAUCAGCCUCGACCAGAUUCCAGCUGAUUCGGAGGCUGAAGAUCUAGAUAGAAAGGGAAAAGAGAUUCUGGACAUCCAAGCGGAAAUUAGGGAUGUAAAAGAUAAAAAAAACGAAAUAUUUCAAAAGAAUGAGGAAGAUAAGGAAAAUAGUGAAGUAGAGGAAGAGGAAAGUGAAGAAGAGGAGGAUGAGGAAGAAGGAAAAAAAGAGCAAGAAGAAGAGGAGGAGGAAGAGGAGGAGGUGGAGGAAGGUGAAGAGGAAGAAUUGUAUGGAUACAAUAAAAAAGACGGAGAACUUGGAAAAAGAGAAGAACUGAAAGGAUACAAUGACUAUGAAGGAGUCAACACAAAAAAAGUUCUUGGAGAAGAAGAAGAAGAAGAAGAAGAAGAAGAAGAAGAGGAAGAAGAAGAUGACGAAGAGGAGGAAGAAGAAGGAGACGAAGAGGAGGAGGAGGAGGAAGAAGAAGACGAAGAAGAAGAUGAUGAUGAUGAUGAUGACAAGAAAGUGACUUAAAAACUUAGAAAAGACAUAGAAAAAAAUAAAAAUAAAAGAAGCCAGUUAAGAGUGAAAAGACUUAAAAGUAAUUCUGUUUCUUCAGCUGGAUCAGUGUUUACCAAUCUUUAAUAAGUCCUUUUAUUAUAAUGAAAAUAACUAUGAUUAUCAUAAGAUGUAAGAAAGCUGGUAUAAUACUCUCACAAUAUGAAGAUACAUAAACUUGUUGGUUAAGCACUGCCAGAUACCUAAAAUUUAUGCAUUACAUUUUUAUUUUUAAUCAUUAUAUUUCACAUUUUAUAGAUUAUCAAUUUAUUAAUCACAGGGGCCAAAAGAAAGAGGCAGUGCUGUCUGUGCCACGUUACAAUGCCAUGAUGGCAUAGAUAUGUCGAGCUACAAUACGUUACUACUCGUAGUUAGAAAUUUAUGAAAUGUGUUUUAGGAAUGCCCGGUAGAUAAAAAUAAUAGAAAGAGUUAUGAAUAUGUCAAAUCGUAGUAUGAUAUGACACGCAUGUUGAAUUCGGUGAUUGGCAAGCACUGAUACAAUUUUCACGAAAGCAAAAAUUUUUCUGUACAAAUAGGGUUUACUUUCGUAAACUUUUACUUCGUGUACUAACAGUGUUGCUAAGACAAAAAUAAUUUCUGUACCAACUAAAUGCUAAAAUUGUACCAGAUUCGGUAAAAAUGUACCAAAUAUUACCACAUGCUAAUUUUACUUGCUAAUUUUGUAUAUAAUUAUUUUUUAAAUUAAUAAUUUAAACAUUUAUUAUUGUUGGAUGAAACUUUCGUGCUCAAUUUUACAAAACGUACAUACGUAUACAUAUAUCGUAUGUACAGAUUAUCAGACACCUGUAUUUAUAUAUUCACAGUUGCAGUUAGAAAAAAUGUAAAAUACGUGAAAACAAACGACAGAAAACAUCGCCGAGUAUACGUUAUACAUAUAUAAACUUGCAGCUUUUCCGUAAAAGCUACAAGUUGAUUGGCUUCAUAUUUCUCGGAUCCAGAUCUCGGGCCAAUUUUUAGCAUUGUGGACGCAAGACUUAAGAAUCAUAAUAUCAAAGUAAGAAGUAUCAAAUGUACCCACGUUGACGCUAUUAGUACCAAAUUAGGUAUUGUGGCAUCAACGUAUUACACACAAUGUCAUAAGAAAGUACCAAAUCUGGUACAAUUGUACCAUCACUGGCAACACUGUGUACUAAUCAUUAUUCUGUUAAAUGUUUAAUUUUAUAUCAUAUUACAGCAUUUUUGUGUUUUAUAUUUUUAAUUUUCAUAUUAAAUUCUGUAAUACGUCCUUUCCAACUUGUGUAUUUAUUGUGAGACAGAAUGCUCUCCAUAAAUGCUUUACAAUUUCUAUAAUUCUGGCCUCAGUUUGUAAAUGUAAAUUAAAAUAUAUUUAUUUAAAAAAUAUAUAUAUAUAGAAAUUUAUUUUAUCACAAUAGAUUUCAUUAACACUAUUUUAUUAUAUAUGAUUAUUAAUAGUUUCUAAGCAACAAUUUAGAACGGGAUACAUACUCGUUUUAUAUUAGAAUAUAUAUAUAGUUUCAUCAAAUAAGUUUGUAAUUUUAAUUACUUUUACAUAAGAGUCAAUACGGUAAAGCAGUGAAAGAAACAAAACACAAAGGAUUGAAUAAAAAUUGCGGGAAUUUGUUAUAAAUCAUGUAAAGGUAUAGUUGAUCUAUAUUAAGUAGAUAUUACACAGAUAUGAGUAACGUUCUUGAUAUAACUAUAUUUUAUAUUGCAUGAAAAUGUUACUGUUUUCGUAAUACUAUCACAUGUUAAAAGCAUGAGCAAUGUUAGAACGUUACUAAAGAGACAGGAUUUAAUGUCGUUCGGUUUUUAAUAUGUAAACCUGUCGCAUUUUUGUUAUUUCAACAUUAUUCCGAAACAUCUAUUUAAUCUUAGUUAGACCCCUUUGGCUUAUACCCAAAUAAGCUUAUAAGUGGAAGUAUUUAUGGAAGAUGAUGAAACACUCAAUAUAUAUACAUAGUAUUUAUAUUUAUUAUUAGAAAACACGCUACGUAGAUAAGUUCUAGAGACAAAGCAAUCUGUACGAGAGAUAAAGUGUUUUGAGUGCAAAUGA